AUGCCAGUGGUGGGUCUUGUGGGCGCCCGCGCGUCCUCUGUCAGCGGCCCCAUUGCAACCUUGGCUGCGGUGCAGAAGGUGCCGCAAAUCUCCAUGGCCUCUACCAGCCCAAGUCUUUCAAACAAGGAGGUGUAUCCGUUCUUCUUGCGCACUGUGCCGCCGGACAGCCUCCAGGCGCUGGCACUCUGGCAGUGGAUCCUGCAAUUUGAUGUCCCUCUGGCGACCUGCUUAUAUUCCUCAGAGAGUUAUGGGCAAGGCCUCUUCAAUGAGAUCUUAGAUCUGGCCAGAGAGGAGCGUCAGCCUGAUCGCCUGCAGGGUCGGGCCAUACGGUUCAUGGUGCAGGAGUUUAGCAAUGAAGAGGCCCGGGAAUCUCUGAUGGCAGUCCGGCAGAUCGGCUCGAAGUUCCUGAUUUUGGCCAUGCAGAGCAGGAUGAUCGUUGAAAUUGGGCCUCUCCUUCAACAGGAAGGCAUGUUGAGCCCGGCUUGGCAAAUUAUCUGCUCCGACACGUGCACCUCCUCUAGCGUCAUGACCAUGCUGCCCCCGGGCGCUAUGACCUUUGCGACGGCUGGAAGGGGCUCCAACUUCGAGCACUUCAGGACCCUUUGGUCCAGACUGACGCCAGACGACAUCGUUGGUGAUGCGGCCCGAGAGAAGUUUGGUCUCGAUGCCAUGCGCGAACCGCUCGAGGAUGCUGCUGUUGCGGACAUGUUAGCCGCCGGUGCCUCCUCUGCAACCAUCUACGCGCCAUUGGCCUUCGAUGCCUUCUAUGCCUUUGCAGUGGCCAUCAACCGGCUCCUCGUCUCGGGCUUAUCAGCGGCGGAUAUUUGGGGCGACGUGCUUCUGGCAGAGCUUCGCCAGACGAGCUUCACAGGCGCUUCCGGCGAGGUGAGCUUCAACGAGAAUGGCGACCGCCUUGCUGCCUACGAGCUCUUGAAUCUUCAGUCCUGGGAAGCCUCGGUUCGCUCUGUCGCCGUGGCCGUUUUCUCCGCUUCCAGCGGCAACUUCUCCUUCAAGGAGCCCCUACUCUGGAUGGACGGCUCUGUGGGGAUGGUCACCCCAGAGCAUCUUCGCUCCUGCGACCGGGGAUUCUUCAAGGGCGAGUCGCGACGAUGUGUGCGGUGUCCAAUUGGCCACAGGUGUGAAGGAGGGCCCAGCGCGAGCUUUGUGGCUUGCGACAAAGGAACUUUUGCCAAUGAGAGCGCGAUGUCAAGCUGCCACCUCUGUCCGGAAGGCCACUUCGCUUCGGAAGUGGGUUCCGUAGCCUGCAGUCCUUGUGUCCCUGGCAUGGUGGCACCCGAGAAGGGCAUGGAGUCCUGCAAGAGGUGUGAGCCAGGGAGCUACCGAUCUUCCCCACGUGGCACAUACUGCGAGCCCUGUGGAAACAACCAGAUCACAUCCGAAAGUGGUGCCACCUCCCAGUCCGAGUGCAUCUGUGCAUCGGGCACCUUCAUGUGCGCAAGUCGCGGCUGCCUCCCGUGUCCAGUUGGCCUCUUCUGCCCGACGGGGCUGGGCCCUCCUCUGCAGAAGGCGGGUUUUUGGACGGACCCCGGCUCCUCUGAGCUUUGCCACUUCGAGGUUUUCCGGUGCCGAAACACACAGGAAUGCCCAGCCAAUGCGGCGUUGGGUGCCUGUGCCAUGGGCCGAGAAGGUCAAGCCUGUAACAAUUGCCAGGCCAGGCACUUCCCUCGACAGGAUGCUGAGCAGUUUGGAAGAUGCGAUCCCUGCGGUGAGAUAGACGUGCUUCCCGGAAUUGUUUUCCUGGGUAUCGCCACAUGCUUCUUGCUGCUUCUCAGCAUCUUCAAAGUCGAGCCGAGUCAACUGAGCUUCAAUUUGCUGACGGCUGCGGCCGUGGCAAGUCAGCUGGUGAUUGCCAUCCAGACGCUUGGGUCAAUGCGUCAGCUCUCCAUCAAUUGGCAGGAGCCUGUGAAACAGCUCCUGGAGUUCACCAAGCUUCUGACACUCGACCUCGACUUCAUCCGCAUCUCCUGCAUCUAUGGGACUGACAGCCCCGUGCUCGAGUUCAUCAGUCAACUGCUGGCAUGUCCCAUUGGUUGCACCACUUUCCUGAUCCUGUGGCUCUUGACCAGAUGCGGCAUCGGGCGGCCCAAACCUUUCGAUAGCAUUCUCAACCUUUGCGGUCUUGUCUUCUUCGCCUUCUUCCUGUCCAUUACUUUAGCCACGCUCACGCCGUUUCAGUGUGUCCCCAAUCCAAAUGGCACUGCCUCAAUGGCCACGGAGCCUGGCAUCAUCUGCUGGUAUUCCGAGGAGCACACAGCGCUCGUCCUCCUGGCCUUGGCCGGGAUCCUCAGUCAGCCUGGGGCCUUCCUCGUCUGGACGACUUACACGACGAUCAUGUACCCCUCACGGGUUGCGAGCGGCAGAGGCCUCCGAUUGGUGAACCGACAUCGCUUUCUGUUCCACCGGUUCAAGGCGGAGAAUUACUACUACGGCUUGGUGGUGCUCUAUCGCAGCUGCUUCGUGGCCAUCUUGCCAAUUGCUGCUUCCGACUGGCCGGAAGUGCAAGUGCCUAUUCUAGGUACCGUGCUUAUUGCGAGCAUGGCUUUGCAAGCAAGGACUUACCCCUGGCGCACGGAGCAGGCGAACCACGUCGAUCUCGUCUUCACCGGCUUCCUCCUGCUGAUUUUGCUCGGUGCCGCUCCACUGCUACAGCUGGACCUGUCGCAGUCCACCUCAGUGCUUGGGUGGAUGCUCUGUGUGCCGGUUUGCGGCCUGAUUGUGGUGGGCGCUGUGAUUCUUGCCCGGUCCCUUUUGAGACAUUAUCAGCAGAGAUACCUUUUCGGCAUCUUCCUCUGCCAUCACAAAGGGGGCGCUGGAAGCCUCUGCCGACUCAUGAAGCUGAUGAUUGCCAGGUACAGUCCUACCCGGGUUUUCUUGGAUUGCGAUCAGCUUGAAAACUUGGACCUGCUCUUCGACAUUGUCCGAUCCUCCACUCAGAGUGUUGUGGUUGUGCUAACGCGCGAUCUCUUGAAACGAGUAUGGUGUGCCGGGGAGAUCACGACGGCCUGGAAGAACAAGGUGACGACCGUGCCGCUGGUAUGCGACGGUUUCCAGCCGCUUCCGGAAGAAGUGCGCAAACUGAUCGUCACAUGGUGGACACCACAGCAGCAGCAGAUCCUUGCAAACUACGGGGUCGAGAUCGACGAUGUCCAUGCUGCCUACACUUGGCUUCAGCAUGAGCUGAAUCCACUGCCGAUGCCCAGGUUUGGACCAGCCCAGCCCUCAGCCAAAGUAAGAGAUAUUCCUAUAGCCAUAGUAAGAAGGCCCACGUAG